CUCGCGUUGGGAUGAUGGAGGCUGCGGCAAAGACCAUCUUCAGUGCAGGGCUGGAAGCAGUCAAGCCAGGCAACCUCCUGCACCACGCCCUUGAGCUCCAGAAGUGCGCUGGGGAGGAUGGGGAGACCGUGUUGGAUUUGGUAACGGCUGUGCCUUCUAUAGACGGUGCGCCAGCCCACCUUCGCAUCAACCCAAGGAGAACGCUGUGGCUGCUCGGGUUUGGCAAAGCUGUCUUGCCAAUGGCAACGCACCUCCACGCGUUGCUUUGCACCGAAAUACCCAACAUCAAAGGUCAUUUGAAUGUGCCAGCUGGCACUGCCAUCCCAGCUGACAUGGACAACGUGCAAAUUGUGGCCUGUGGUGCCAACAACUUGCCUGAUGAUGGAUCCGUCGCAGCGACAGACCAGCUACUGCAAACCAUGCACGCCAUUCAUCCUGAAGACGCGGUAGUUCUGCUCAUCUCUGGUGGCGGCUCUGCGCUGCUGGUUCGCCCGUCCACGGGCAUCACUCUCCCAGACUACGCCGCCACCGUCAAGGCCCUCGCCAACAACGGCGCAGAUAUCCACGAGCUCAACUGCGUUCGCAAGCACAUGUCAGAUGUCAAGGGCGGCCGGCUUGCACGUGCUCUGCCAACGGGGUCGCGUGUGCUGGCGCUCGUUGUCUCCGAUGUCGUUGGUGAUGACCUCAGCACCAUCGCCUGCGGCCCAACCGUCCCAGAUGACACGACCUUUGCUGACGCGUGGGCAGUCAUCGAACGAUUUCAACUCCAAGAAUUGCUCCCUGUAUCUGUCGUUGCACACAUGCGCAAAGGCCUGUGUGGGGAGGAGCCCGACAGCCCCGGCAGCGACGACGCGUGCUUCCGUAGCCGCUGCAUUGCACACGUUCUCAUCGGCACAAACGCGACUGCACUUGACGCCUGCCAGCACACCGCGGAGAAGUUUGAGCAGUAUGCCGUGAUCCGCUUGCCCGCGCCAAUCACGGGUUUCGUGAGCGAUGUCGCACAGCAUCUCGUGUCGCAAAUCCCUUCUUGGACACAGCGCACCAAGUACGCGUGUGUGCUCGCUGGCGGCGAGACUGUCGUGAAAGUUAACGGCGCCGGACGCGGCGGUCGCAACCAGGAGCUGGCAAUGCACGUCGCACGCCACCUCCACCUGCAGAACACAUCAUCACCAUCAUCGUCGUCGUCAUCGUCGCCUCGUGUCGUGUUCCUGAGCGGAGGGACAGAUGGGCAGGACGGACCAACGCCAGCAGCCGGCGCCGUCGCAGACACACACUCGUGGGAAGGGGGGCAAGCGCAGGGGCUUGAGCCAGACAAACUGUUGCAGAACAACGACUCGCACGCGUUCUGGUCGCAGCUUGACCAGGGGCAGCACUUGCUCACACCGGGACUGACAGGGACCAACGUCAUGGACAUAAUCGUGUUGAUCGUCGCACCACAGGAGUGCACGCGCGACACCUGACGCGCUGACACCUGACAUGCCAUGUUUGUAGGAGGUGGUUAGAACAGGUCGGCUGUGGCUGCGGUGGUGAUGGUGUGACGGCCGACGCAUACAUGGAAGACAUUCCCUUCAUUGCACCGCUCCCUGUUGGCACCCUCCUCUCUCACACACUGUUUGUAACACACAGGGGCACUUGGGGAUGCAUGAUUGCGACGGUUGAGAUUGAGGUUUCGGCGAAAUUUUUAAACAAACCAACAGCAGCAGUGGCUGGUGGUUCGGGCAUUCGUACAUGCAUGGGAUGAAACACAAAACAAAGAAAGCAAG